GUAGCUAACAUGAGGAGUAACGGUAAUAACGGUCCGGUAACGUGAUCCGCAGGGCCCCACAACAUGACGCAACCAUCAGUGACGUGGCUCAUUGAUCACAGAGAAGUGUUCCUCUAUAAAACAUCAUGACAGAGUCUUUACUCAAACACAAUAUCACCUGCUGAAACAGGAAGUGAUGGCAGAAGUAUCCUACUCACAUCUCAUGUAACGUUAUAAAGGGUAGAAAUACUCCGUUACAAAUAAAAGUAAUCUGGCCUGCUGCAUUAAGUAAUACUUAUGUAAGUAAAAGUACAAAAGUAAUAAAGAUCAAUUAACUUGUAAUAACAGUUACAUCAUCAUUUAUUAAUUUAUUAACCUGCAAACAAGUAACUACAGUCAGUGACAUGUAGACUGGUGCAGUACAACCAUAAAGACAUCAAAUAGUAAUUCUCAAAUGAAUUGUACUUAAGUACAGUCAUGUACUGAUUACUAAACGGGUCUAUUGGGCACAGGCCCAGGGGCCCAAAGUGUCAGGGGCCCCUCUGUCCUUCACCUGCAAAAUGUAACACAAUUUAACAUGUACGACCAGGAUGAGACUUAAAGACCACAAAGAUUCAAAAGAACUGCAAAGAGAUGAAAAGAACUACACAAAGGGGCAAAAUAAAUUAAAAAAAGACACAAUAUUCCUGCACAGACACAAAAUGGCUACAGAAAGACACAAAAUAACCCAAAAAGUCACAAAAUUACCACAAAGAGACACAAAAACACAGAGAAAUUGCAUAAUCACUACAAAGAGAUGCAAAACCUCCAAAAAAGACACAAAAUUACCUCAAAAUAACUUCAUGAAAUUCAUAAAAUGACUGCAGAGAGACACAAAACGACCCAAAAAGUCAUAAAAUGACUGCAGAGAGACACAAAACGACCACAACAGGACGCAUAACAACAACAAAAUAAGAGUCAAAUGUCUGUGCGUCUCGUCCUCAUGUAGGAGAGGUGGUGGGGCUUUGUGCAUAUCUGUGCCCAGGGGCCUAUUGUCUCAUAAUUCAGCCAUGAGUACAGUACUUGAGUAAAUGUAGUUAGUUACUUUCCACCACUGAGUAAAUACAGCACGUUUUAGUUUUUGGUAAUAGAUUAUCAAUAAUGCUCCAUCAUGGGUGUUUGGAAGCAUAAAACAUAGGUCUGUUUGUAACGGUACAAACGAUGGUUUACUCUCACAAACACACCUCCCAACUCCACAUCUGAACUGCAGUUCUGUUAUUAUAAGAAUAAUUUAUUUAGAUUUCAUAGAAAAGAGUUGGAAGACUUUGAAUUUUAUAUUUUUAAGACUAUUUUUUUCUUUUUCACAUAAACCCAGUCUGAUCACAGGAACGGACCAGCAGCUUUAGACAAACACAGUUUAUCAUCUGAUCGCUGCUGCGUCCUCUGCUGUCCCCAUAUGUACACUGUACUCUCCUAUUGGCCUUCAGUACCUGAAACACUAAGCCGUCCCUGCCUGUGAUUGGCUCGUGUGUUUGUGGUGUAUAUAUCUGUAAUUGCAUCAGCAGGCUUGGUUUAAUAGCAUCUGGGGAACAAUAGGUUUCUAGGAUAUAAGCUUUUAUAAACACUGAGUCACUCAGUCAGUGCUCGAACUGGACGCAGAGAAAGUAAGAUGGAAGACAGGAGAGCAGAGAAGAAGAAAGAGGAAGGAGCUGGGACUAGUUUAUUUCACCAGCUUAUGGCACAGAGGACGGAUGUGGACGAAGAUACGAGGAUCGUGCUACAGCGGCUGAUAGUGAUUGCUCGCCUCCCCCGCCAUCUUGCUGACAGGACAGAACUGGGAGCUCAUUAUGAGAAACUCAACUUUCAGCUCAGCAAACAGUUCAUCUGGGAUCAAAUGACGGGCCUGCUGCUGAUUUAUCCGUCCUGUCUGCUGCACGUCAUUGAAUCGUCCAGGGACGUUCUGCUUUCUUUUUUGAGAGAUCUUAAAGACAUGCAACAACAGCCAGACGGUGCCGUGCUGGAGGCUCCCAGGGUCGUGUUCAUGGCACAUAACCCUCAGAGCAGGCUGUUCCAACAGUGGAGCUACAAGUGUUUGAUGUUGUUGACUGAGGUGCUGGAUGCAGAUCAGGGGGCGGAGGACUCGGGGGUUAAGAGACUUGAGGAAGAGGAGGAGAGCACAGAGAGUCUGGUUUGUACGGUCCUGUCAGCGCUGCAGCUACUGGGUGAACAUCUGCAAAUAUCUAAAAAGGCCCUCCCUGGUUUGAUGCUGGAGGAGCGUCCGCACCUGAUCGUCUCUCAGGACGUUCUCAACAAGCUUUUGACUCGGGACGACUUACAGACGCCACAACAACACCUACAGAUGUACAACUCACCGUUAAACAUCAGCAUGGACUUCGGACGAGUUAGAUGAAGCAGCUGCCUCACCAGAGUUUAACAUUUUGGGCAAAAGGUCAAAGAAUGUGUUUGGCCUUCACCAAAGCACCGAGGAUGUGACUGAAGCAGAGAGAAAUCACUGUGACAGUUUAAUACCAACAUUUAAUGUACCGCAGGACUCCUCUGGGAUUUCUUUUUGUUGUUUCUUUCUGCUCCACGUGAUUUUAUAUAUGAAACUUGUUUGAAGCAAAGAAAAGCACUGGAAGUCCAAGUAAUAUAAAAAAACAUUUUUAAUAGUUUCAACAUUCGGAUGAGGUUAAUUUAUUUCUAUUUGACUGUACACUGUGUUCCACUUGGUGACCAGGAGAUAGCAUGUCCAAGAAAAAGGCAUUUCCUCUUUACUCCAGACUUUAAAGAGUCGGCAGCGUCACUACAGUUUGACACAAAGAAAGAUUCCUUGCUCACUUAUGUGUUCCCUUUUUAUUUUGGCCCCCGUUACUUGGAACUUAAGCAAAAAAGAAAAAUCAAAGAUGACUGGAGAUGUACUUGCACUGGCUGCAUGCACCACAUUGUAAUCUAUAAACUGUACGUGUAAAAACAAACCUGUAUGCAGCACGUUUUUUUUCUGUUUGCAGUGUGAAGUCACAGGAACUUUUCAGGAGAUUUAAGUCUGCUACAGCAAAGUACUUCAGAGCAUAGACGGUCUCACUGCCGUCAUGUUAGCUGAUGGAUUUCCUGACAGUGGUCUGAGCCAGAUGUGCUUUUCUUAUUUGCUCUAGAUAAAAAGGGUGAAAGGUGCCGUAUGAGUGUAACACAGGAGAGACAUGAUGAAACAGUAAAUCAUCAGUGUUUCAAGUCGAUGGAGAAUUUGACUAAAAACACAUCGAGGGCAGCACUUUUAUAAAGGUCGAUCUAUUCACUUAUAAAAAAUAAAUACAAGCACAUUUAUAUAGGACCAAAGAUGAGACAUAUUUCAUAGGCAUGGUUAAAAAGCAUGCUGCCGAGUUUCACACAGGACAAUGUCGAAUCAAACGCCGCCCGCCCCCCUCCCUCCCCAAAAUUGGUCAUAACACACUUUUUUAUCAAAUACCCCACCACCUUCUUUUACUUGAAACUACACACACAAUCCGCCUGGAUCACGACCUCUGAGGUGAACAUCGUCUACAUUCCACCUACUCAUGUAAAAAACAAAAAACAAAGGCCUUUGUAUUUUAGAGCUCAAAGGUCAUGCUUGCAAAAACUGUAAUACUGGAAUUGGUCUCCCGACUGUCUCUGCUCGACAGGGUUAUUGUUAAUAAAGCUGUGUUUAAUGAACACCGUAUGUACAAGCCUUAAUCUGAAACCUUUAGUACAAAACGAAGAGCAGCACAUUGUAACACAGAAAUCAGACAAAGACAGGACAGACCAUUCACCUCAGCACAGCCAAAUUCAGACAAUAACUUGUUUUAAAAAAUCUGUUUUACAGUCAGCCUUAAGUUUGUCUUUUAAUAUUAAAAUUUUAAAUACUACGGUGGCCAGCAAGGGCUAAUGUGCUACAGCGGACCAAAACAUUUCCAUCAGGAGAAUCAUGGUGCAGCGUCAGAAACACAAAGACUAACGAAAUGUGCUACAGAAACAGCAAAACACGCUGCAGAUACAGAAACCAUGCAAAGUCAAAAAACAACACAUUAAACCCAGAGAACAGACGCAACAGAGAGACGCUGCAUAUCCAGUCAACACAAUGGAAGUCCUCCAGGCCUCCAGGCCUCCAGGGGAGGGCCAAGUGAAACACACGAAAAUGUUUGUUUUUGAAGCAGGAACAAAAUUGGAACAUGUUUGUAUUCUUUGCACAUUUGGCCUCAGGUCUCGUCUCCACAUAGCUCUGUAUAGGUUUGCAAGUCAACUGGAAGUCCAUUCAUUCCUAUGAGACCUGGUUCUCACAGUCAUGGAAAACCUGGAAAGUCAUGGAAUUUCACAAUCACAUUUUCCAGGCCUGGAAAAGUUAUUGAAUAAGUAAAAACCAUUGACAAUUGUGGAGAAGUCACGGAACGCUGUCAUGGUAAUCUUCCAUAGAUAACCUUCAGUGUGACGUAACAUUACGUAACAAAUUUAUUUUGUGAAGCCGACGACGCAACGAUCGAAAUGUGACAACAUUUUGUUCACCAUCACAUAGAUUUUUUUUAACUUUUGCACAAAUUUGUGUGAACAUCGUGCCACAGGAAGUUAGCACGAAAACGAUUAGCUAACAGACUGAUAAAUAUACUACAGCUCUGUUCACACGUUUUGUGGAGUGACAAGUUUCGAUGGCAUGUUUAGCUAGCUAACACUGAUGGUAUGCUAGCUGUGUGACGUAUAGAUUGCACGCUUCGUGGUUCAUACGUCUCUAAACAAAAUAUUUCAGUAAACUGGCCGCACAGCUGACAGGCCGACCUUAACGCUUAUUUGUUGAUGUGCAUUAUUUGUUUCUGUAUCGCUCCUUGUACAUAUUCUAUUGAUUGGACGGCAACAAAAACAUUCAAAUGAACUUUUCCAGCGUUUCUGCAGUAGCGUCUUUAUCUCUAAGUAAAGGGAUGCAUUUCCUCGUGUCAACAACAACUAUACAAAAACACGGACACAAACAACACUGUGUAGAAACGAGGCACAAGUUUUUCACAAUUUUAUGAAAGAGCAAGAGAUUUACAUAGCUAGCAUAAGUAUAUAAGUGCCUUGCAUGCUAACACUAGCUACAUAAAUCUGUUGCAGUUAUUUAAGCUGUUUGUGAGUUUUUCGACUUUGCCUUGUUUCUGUAUUUGCAGCGUUUUCUUGUCAUUUGCUUUUUCUUUGGCUUUUUGCAACAUGUUCUUUCAUUUGCAGAACACUUCAUUUGAACUGGCAUCUCGUCGGAGCUGCACCAUGUUUCUCCUGUUGGAAAGGUUUCGGGCCGCUGUAGAGCACUGGCCAGCCACAGUAAACUGGUGACAGCAUUUCAUGCUAUAUUCAUUUAAACUCAGCUGGAGAAACUGAUUGAUUAAUUGGUAUGGAUUGUAUGGACUGUUUUUCAAAGCAAACAUUUUCUGGGACAAUAAACCAAAGAUUGAGAAAACAAUCAGAUUCAUUGAUAAUAAAAAUGAUCAUUAGUUGCAGCCCUAAAUUGUAGAAAACCUCCUGUAGUUUUUUUGCAUGUUCUAAUUCACAUUUUUAACAUCUACCUUAUAUCUAACAUGGAGGACACAACUACGUCGUUUUCAGUCAUGUUGAACUGAGGAGAUUCGUUAUCUGCUGUCAAACAGUCGAACUAAAAGAAAGAGACGCAGCAGUUUCCUUGCAGAGUCUCUUUAACCUCUUAAACCCUGCUGAUCGAUCCAUCGGUGCAGCUGCGGACAAACAUUGUGCAAACACACAGAAAACUCUUUUAAAUCCUAAACAACUGUUUCAGAAGUAUCAAAUGUGCCAGGUUGAACUGUUGUAAAAUGUAUAAAAUGACGCAGCAAAGACUUUGAGUUUUCCCUUAAAUGUAGUAUAGUAUCAUGUGGCUGCGAUGACGUGUUUAAACCAUUUACACAAUUAAAAAUGCAGUUUUAUUAAACAUCGUGGUCUUUUUUUUUUUUCUAAGUGUAAAGCUAAAACCAGGGUUCAAGAGGUUAACUCUUAGUCUGCAACACAAGCACUAUCAGCUGUUUUUAUUUAGAAACUCUACAAACUAGAUUUGACCUUGAGCCUACGUCAGUAAAGUUUUGACUGUGCGAAGCCUACGUGAUGUUAGUUUGUGUGAAUGUGAAAUAUUGUGCUCGAACCUGCAACAUUAUAACAUUAUAUGUAAACUAUAACCUUAUAAUGUUCAUCGGCAUUUAUAGUUUUCAAUACAGUAUUUGUAUAUAUCUAUAUAUAUCUAUAUAUAUAUAGAUAUAUAUAUAUAUUUAAAUUUCUCCCCGGUCAGUAUAUACACAGCAUGAAUGUACAGAGGCUCCAGUAUUUACACAGUCCUGUGAAUCAUAUCGCACUUUAAAGAGGAUGGCAGAGCAGCACAGUGACUUUGAGGCCGUGUGUCGUGGAUGUUCUCAGGACAAAAUGGAAAGUCUUUCAUAUCUGGACGGGUCACAGCAGAACCCACCACAAGGCAAAUAACAAGCUGCUGCUGUCGUAUGCAAACCUUAGUGCUCCAGUUUUAUUGAUUUUCAAGUUUCUCUUAAAAACUCUUGAUUCCUGAAAAAGGUUUCGAUGCGACAGCAGGAAAUUCUGGUCCCGUGUUUGAAUGCUUCUUUUUUUCUCAUGUGUAGUGGAAACAACUCUUCAGACCUAGUAAAAAGUAUUCAGAAAUAUAUCUGUAUAAAUACUCUCAUCAAAAUAAACACAUAUACACAUAUCUUUGCACUCGCCUCUGGUUCUCAAAUAGACCAAAAAUAUCAGCAUCAUCAGACAGGGUUCGUGGAGAGAAACUGAAACUGCACCGUCAGAAAGAGAAGGGACGCUUGUUUUUGUCACCGAGGCCUUUUUUUGUUCUUGACAAAAAUAGCACCUUUUUUCUGGAGUGUGACAGUUUUCAGUUGUGUGUGAUAUGAUGGGAUGUUUUAAUACCUCAGGACAAAGAACUGAGUCUUGUGCCAGCAUGCUCUCACUCCGCUCAACAACACCAGGGAUGAUUCUCCACGUUUGUUACAGAGCCUGAAGUGUGCCAUCAGAGUGAUCGUUUAGUUUUAGAGUUUAGUUUUACCUGUCAAAUUAUUAUCAUUUCAUAGUUUAUGAUUUCAUUCACAACUAGCCGCUCUCACAGUUUGUUUUCUCAGAGAGGUUUGCAGGUGAACACAGUGGAGCGUUCAGCAGCUCAAAGUUUCUUCACCACUUCAACUUUGAAAGGUUGUAACGUACAGCUCCUCUCUGCUGAACUCCAAAUCUAAUUUUAACAUUGUUAUAAAUCAAAUGUUAUAAAGCUCUUAGAUUUUGCAUAUUGUUAUUCCAUUAACUUGUGUGUCUUCCAACUCACAAUUAAUUUGUCAUUUCCCUUUUGAGAGUGGCUCCCUGUAGCUGUCAUAUACGCACUGUGACACCAGACAAGGUAUUCUGUGGAGGGUCUGACCAUUAGCGUCGCCACAGAGCAAUGUUCUUACGAGUGCGACAACGAACACGAUACUAAUGAUGCAAUGAAGGUGAAACAAAAACAACCCUGACUUCUAGGAAUCACAUUUCUUUGUGACACAUCUGUUGUGGUGACAACAUGAGGACGCAGGACUGAGACACCAGAAUGUUCCUGUCCGCACUGUCUCUGGUUUGGUUUCGUCAACACAAGCGCUUUGAUUAAGGUCAAGGACAGAUUGUGAUUUCAGUUAAAUAUUAAUAAAAGAGGUCAUAAUACAAAUAAUACUUUGGUCAUUACGAGUGUUUACUGUAGUCCAGGUGAAAAACAAGCACAUCGUCGGUGAACUGAUGCAUUUAGCUGCAACACGAUUAGCAACCUUUUAUCGUCACAUUUCCGUCAACAUAUUUGCUUUCUCAAAUUGGUUGUGGCCCGCGUCCAGAUCUUGGAAUCUGCCCACGCCACUGAGUUCACUCAUUCAUCUGGCAUUUCGACAUAAAACAGGCAUUUCUCAGUUGAAAUCAAAUUCAUACAAUGAGCAUCGUGAGGGUUUUCAAUCAGCCAAUCAGCACCACAGGCAGGACUAAGAGCCGCUUCAUAGUCGACGCACGCAACGCGAGCACACACUUCCUUUCAUAGUCAAUCAAUCAAUCAAUUUUAUUUAUAAAGCCCAAUAUCACAAAUCACAGUUUGCCUCACAGGGCUUUACAGCAUACGACAUCCCUCUGUCCUUAUGACCCUCACAGCUGAUCAGGAAAAACUCCCCAAAAAAAACCCUUGAACGCAAGCGACGCAGGCAACACUUGAAAUGCAAUACAUCGCUUGAGCAAUAGGGGGUAGCAGAGUCACUGGUACAUUCCGGCUAGCUAGCACUGCUAUUGUAUUAGAGUGCAGGGCACUAGAACGGUCAUAUAAACGGGGUUUGCCCGUACGAGUUUGCAAAGGUUUUCCUCCUCGCCCGCCCUAUUUCAUACCUGCUUCUUCUGUGAAUAACAUAAAGUGGUUAAUUUCAAGUACGUCACUUGCAUUAUCACCCCCACUGGCAACGCGUAGUAUUACACGCGUCGCUGCGUCGGGUAUCAAAAAACAUGGACAAAACAUUUUGAGACGCUAGCACGCAUCGUGGCGGCCAAUGCGUCUCGAUGCAUCCCAAUGCAUUCGCAUCUGCGUGCCUUUGCGUUGACUAUGAAACGGCCCUAAAGCUACUGUUACGCAGUGUGUCAGUCUGAUGAGUGACAGCAACAACGGGCACUGUAGACGAGACAGACUCUGCUGUCAAGGCUGUUCUCCAUCAGCAUGUCUUCUCAAGUUCGUUAGCAUGACUCGGCAUCACUGUGAACCUGAAAUGACGUUAGAGUCAACAGAUACUUUGGUCUCUAGUGAUUGGUUUGGGAAAACUGGAUCCCCCUUCCCCACGGACACUGGUUAGAGAGGACGCAGUGUGUAACCAGAUGAUAAUCCUGACACAAAUCUGGCAAAACUAGUUGUAUGUAUAAUUUCUCUGGACGGUAACGUUCAAGGAAGCGCACCAAUGAGCAGAGAAGGAAACAAUAAAUGGGCCUUGCUAAUAUUUUAUGAGGGAAAUGCAUUUAAGACGUUUGUGUCUGGUGAGAAAUACUGAGCGUAAACAUAACAGGGCACCUUUAAAGAAACCCACAGGGCAGCAGCGAGAGCUCUGAUUGGCCACAGUCCUGCCAAUAUGAAACAGCUGGCCAGUCAUUGAUAUUUACUAAGUGGAGCAAAUGUUGUGGUGGCACACUCCAGGCUUCUUCGUCCCUCUGUGGAGCCGUGUUCUUCAAACUGAUAUACUCCAACAUGGAAAAUAAAAAACAACAGCUGCUUGUUGCCAAAAUAACCACACUGAGUUUUUCAUUUUCCAGUUUACAAGAUCUUCUGCAUCUGUAAAACCAUCCCAGCUCUUCUGUUUCGUAACCUGUCAUAAACUACGUGUCUCAUAUGUUGAAUAGCUCCCUGACAGUAUCUACUAUAUUCUCUCUGUGUCUCUCCUGUAGAUACAAAAUAUGAUCUCAUCUGAUUUAUAACGUUAAUUGUGUCAUAGAUUCUGCAAAUGUACAAUAUAAACAAUAAAUAUUCAGUGAUUGAUGUCACUACAGAGAAAAGUGUGAUUGGGUGUUUAACCUCUUUGCAACCUCGUCCUUGUUUUAGUAAAUCUCUAAAACAUGCAUUCCUGUUCACGCUCCACGACACCAACAGUGCAACAUCAUAUAGUACAAUUACCAAACACAUAGAAACACACACACACACACACACACACACACACACACACACACACACACUUACUUUUCCAAAACGACAUACUGGCACACUCACAGUGAACGCUCAGGUGGGACAGAAAUUCGGGGGUUGUUGCCACCACAUGCCAGAGCGAGGCAUUUCAACUGAUACCCCUGAGGAAUGGAGGAGGGACUUGAGACAGGAGAUAAACAGAAGAAGAAGAAGAAGAAGAAGAAGGUGUCGGCAGGACAGAUGUACAGUAUUGUGUUCUUCCCUCUUAAAAUUCACUCAUGAGAAGCAGCAGCAGCGACAAGCACUCGUUCCUCCCCGCAGCCUGUGUCCAGUCUCGUGUGUGAAGUUAAAGGCAAUAUUGCAAGUGAAUCAAAUAAGGCAAAAGAAACAUAAAACAUGAAACUAAAAAGAAAACAGCGGAGAUAAAAUGUCAAAUUGUGUCUGAUCAAAAGUCCCCUGACGACAUCGCCGCUAACACCUCCUGUGAUUUCUCUUAGGUGUGUGUUUUCUGUUUUACCUCCUCUGGAUGGAGUACAGGUGUGACGAUGGGCUCCAGAGUGAGGCUGAAGUGAUCCAGCUGCAGAGGUGAAAGGUCAAUGAAUGAGUGUGUGUGUGUGUGUGUGUGUGGGGGGGGGGGGGUGUUUGAGCGAGAUGAUGCAGCAGUAGUGUGUUUCGUUUAAUCAGCCGACAGAUGGGGGGGGGGGGGGGGG